UCGUCGGACGCGCGCGCCGUGCCAGCUAACCGGAGCAGUGAGCGGCAGUGCGGCCCGACAGUGCGCGAGCGGCAGGUCGAUAGGUGGGGCCGAGGGGCGGGGGCGCCAUGCGCGGCCGCGCCGACAGCCCGGCCUGGGACGGCGGCAGCCGACACCCACUGGCUGUCGGCUACAUGGAUAUGGUGCGCCUCUUCUGCGCUCUGUGCAAGGAUAACCACGUGCUCGGCUACCAGCACGGCGACGGCGACCACUGGACGGACUGGACCAGUAUUUACCGCAGAGCGGACUCCAUACCGGAUGAGUUCGACGAUGAAGGCAAGCAGGUGGUGGUCGGCAUCUGCGCCAUGGAAAAGAAGUCGGGUUCGCGGCCCAUGAAGGAGAUCCUGACCCGGCUCGAGGAGUUCGAGUACAUCAAAUGUCUCAUCUUCCCGGAGCACGUCAUCCUGAAGGAGCCGGUGGAGAACUGGCCGCUCUGCGACUGCCUCAUCUCCUUCCACUCCAAGGGCUUCCCGCUGGAGAAGGCCAUCCAGUACUCGCAGCUGCGGAAGCCGUUCAUCAUCAACAACCUCAACAUGCAGUACGCGCUGCAGGACCGCCGCAAGGUGUACCGGCUGCUGGAGAGGGAGGGCAUCGAUCUGCCACGGUUCGCCAUCCUCGACCGGGACGCGCCCGACUUCGUGGAGGAGCGGGACUUCAUGGAGAGCGACGACGUGGUGGAGGUGGGCACCGUGACCUUCAACAAGCCGUUCGUGGAGAAGCCGGUGUCGGCCGAGGACCACAACAUCUACAUCUACUACCCGUCCUCGGCGGGCGGUGGCAGCCAGCGUCUCUUCAGGAAGAUCGGCAGCCGCUCCAGCGCGGACUCCAUACCGGAUGAGUUCGACGAUGAAGGCAAGCAGGUGGUGGUCGGCAUCUGCGCCAUGGAAAAGAAGUCGGGUUCGCGGCCCAUGAAGGAGAUCCUGACCCGGCUCGAGGAGUUCGAGUACAUCAAAUGUCUCAUCUUCCCGGAGCACGUCAUCCUGAAGGAGCCGGUGGAGAACUGGCCGCUCUGCGACUGCCUCAUCUCCUUCCACUCCAAGGGCUUCCCGCUGGAGAAGGCCAUCCAGUACUCGCAGCUGCGGAAGCCGUUCAUCAUCAACAACCUCAACAUGCAGUACGCGCUGCAGGACCGCCGCAAGGUGUACCGGCUGCUGGAGAGGGAGGGCAUCGAUCUGCCACGGUUCGCCAUCCUCGACCGGGACGCGCCCGACUUCGUGGAGGAGCGGGACUUCAUGGAGAGCGACGACGUGGUGGAGGUGGGCACCGUGACCUUCAACAAGCCGUUCGUGGAGAAGCCGGUGUCGGCCGAGGACCACAACAUCUACAUCUACUACCCGUCCUCGGCGGGCGGUGGCAGCCAGCGUCUCUUCAGGAAGAUCGGCAGCCGCUCCAGCGUGUACUCGCCCGAGUCGCGGCUGAGGCGCACCGGCAGCUACAUCUACGAGAACUUCAUGCCGACGGACGGCACGGACGUGAAGGUGUACACAGUGGGUCCCGAGUACGCUCACGCCGAGGCGAGAAAGUCGCCGGCCCUCGACGGCAAGGUGGAGCGGGACCAGGACGGCAAGGAGGUCCGCUACCCGGUGAUCCUGACCAACACCGAGAAGCUGAUCGCCAGGAAGGUGUGCCAGGCGUUCAAGCAGACCGUCUGCGGAUUUGAUCUGCUCAGGGCGAACGGCCGCUCCUACGUCUGCGACGUCAACGGCUUCAGCUUCGUCAAGAACUCCAACAAGUACUACGACGACUCGGCCAAGAUCCUGGGCAACAUGAUCCUGCGCGAACUCGCGCCCACGCUGCACAUCCCGUGGUCGGUGCCGUUCCAGCUGGACGACCCGCCCAUCGUGCCCACCACCUUCGGCAAGAUGAUGGAGCUGCGCUGCGCCAUUGCCGUCAUACGCCACGGCGACCGAACGCCCAAGCAGAAGAUGAAGAUGGAGAUACGCCACCAGAAGUUCUUCGACAUCUUCCGCAAGUACGACGGCGACCAGCAGGGCCACAUCAAGCUGAAGAAGCCCAAGCAGCUGCAGGAGAUCCUGGACGUGGCGCGCGAGCUGCUGGACUCUUAUGACGACGAUCCCGAGGUGGUGAAGAAGCGAGCCAAGCUCGAACAGCUGCGCAACGUGUUGGAAAUGUACGGACACUUUUCGGGCAUCAACCGGAAAAUUCAGAUCAAGUACCAGCCCAAGGGCUGGAAGAGGAGCAGCGAGGACGAGAGCACCUCCGAGGAGCCGUCCCUGGUGCUCGUGCUCAAGUGGGGCGGCGAGCUGACGCCGGCCGGCCGCGUCCAGGCCGAGGAGCUGGGCAAAAUAUUCCGGUGUAUGUACCCGGGCGGCCAAGGUAUUAUGCAGCCCUGGGGGUCAGGAAUGUCGGAGGGAUUCCCCGCGUAUCACUGGGAGUACGCCGGCACGCAGGGCCUGGGGCUGCUGCGGCUGCACUCCACCUACCGGCACGACCUCAAGAUCUACGCGUCGGACGAGGGCAGGGUGCAGAUGACGGCCGCCGCCUUCGCCAAAGGGCUGCUGGCGUUGGAGGGCGAGCUGACCCCGAUCCUGGUCCAGAUGGUCAAGUCCGCCGACACAAACGGCCUGCUUGACAACGACUCCGACUCGCGCAACCUGCUCAACAUGGUGAAGAACAGCAUCCACGACCUGUUCCAGCAGGACCGCGACUUCACGGCCGCCGACAUCCAGCAGCUGAACCCCACCGGCUCCAUCAGCGUGGCCAAGGCGCUCAGUCGGCUCAAAAAUCCGGUGGAAACCUGCCAGCUGGUGUACAACCACCUCCAGAAGCUGCUGAAGGUCAUCACCCCGAAAAUGGAGGAGUCCAAAGAGCUCAUACUGUACCACGGCGAGACCUGGGAGCUGAUGCUCCGACGCUGGGUCAAGCUCGAGAAGGACUUCAAGACGAGCAACGGCAAGUUCGACAUCAGCAAGAUACCCGACAUCUACGACAACAUCAAGUACGACCUGCAGCACAACCAGAAGGUGCUGCAGUUCGACGACGCCGAGGAGAUGUACCGCGUCGCCAAGACGGUGGCUGACGUCAUUGUACCGCAGGAGUACGGGCUGACGCGCCAGGAGAAGCUCUCCAUCGGGCACGGCAUCUGCACGCCCCUGCUGAAGAAGAUCCAAGCGGACCUGCGACGGAACGUGGAUGAGGGCGCCGAGGAGAACGUCAACCGGCUCAAUCCCAUUCGGCUGGGUUCAACCUGUUUUCUUUGCCACAGGUACGGACACUUUUCGGGCAUCAACCGGAAAAUUCAGAUCAAGUACCAGCCCAAGGGCUGGAAGAGGAGCAGCGAGGACGAGAGCAGCUCCGAGGAGCCGUCCCUGGUGCUCGUGCUCAAGUGGGGCGGCGAGCUGACGCCGGCCGGCCGCGUCCAGGCCGAGGAGCUGGGCAAAAUAUUCCGGUGUAUGUACCCGGGCGGCCAAGGUAUUAUGCAGCCCUGGGGGUCAGGAAUGUCGGAGGGAUUCCCCGCGUAUCACUGGGAGUACGCCGGCACGCAGGGCCUGGGGCUGCUGCGGCUGCACUCCACCUACCGGCACGACCUCAAGAUCUACGCGUCGGACGAGGGCAGGGUGCAGAUGACGGCCGCCGCCUUCGCCAAAGGGCUGCUGGCGUUGGAGGGCGAGCUGACCCCGAUCCUGGUCCAGAUGGUCAAGUCCGCCGACACAAACGGCCUGCUUGACAACGACUCCGACUCGCGCAACCUGCUCAACAUGGUGAAGAACAGCAUCCACGACCUGUUCCAGCAGGACCGCGACUUCACGGCCGCCGACAUCCAGCAGCUGAACCCCACCGGCUCCAUCAGCGUGGCCAAGGCGCUCAGUCGGCUCAAAAAUCCGGUGGAAACCUGCCAGCUGGUGUACAACCACCUCCAGAAGCUGCUGAAGGUCAUCACCCCGAAAAUGGAGGAGUCCAAAGAGCUGAUACUGUACCACGGCGAGACCUGGGAGCUGAUGCUCCGACGCUGGGUCAAGCUCGAGAAGGACUUCAAGACGAGCAACGGCAAGUUCGACAUCAGCAAGAUACCCGACAUCUACGACAACAUCAAGUACGACCUGCAGCACAACCAGAAGGUGCUGCAGUUCGACGACGCCGAGGAGAUGUACCGCGUCGCCAAGACGGUGGCUGACGUCAUUGUACCGCAGGAGUACGGGCUGACGCGCCAGGAGAAGCUCUCCAUCGGGCACGGCAUCUGCACGCCCCUGCUGAAGAAGAUCCAAGCGGACCUGCGACGGAACGUGGAUGAGGGCGCCGAGGAGAACGUCAACCGGCUCAAUCCCAUGUACUCGCGCGGCGUGUCCAGCCCCCAGCGGCACGUGCGCACGCGGCUCUACUUCACCAGCGAGAGCCACCUGCACUCGCUGCUCACCAUGCUUCGAUACGGCGGCCUGGCCGACGAGGCGCGCGACGAGCAGUGGCGGCGCGCCAUGGACUACGCCUCGGCCGUCUCCGAACUCAACUACAUGUCCCAGGUGGUGAUCAUGCUGUACGAGGACCCCACCAAGGACCCACUCUCCGAGAACAGGUUUCACGUGGAGCUUCACUUCAGCCCGGGCGUGAACUGCUGCGUCCAGAAGAACCCGCCGCAGGGGCCCGGCUUCCGACCCCAGUCACGCGGCGACAUGAAUAAGCUGACUAACCCGCCCGGCCGCCGACCGCCGUCCAUGAUCGAGGAGGAGGACGGCGAGACGAUCGAGAGCGGCUCCGAGCCGGAGGCGGCCGUCGAGGUGCAGGCGGGCCCUUGCAGCAACCAGCGGCCGCCGCCCUCUCAGCCCAUCGCCAUUAGCCGGUGCGCCACCUCGCCGUCGCACCUCUCGCCGCCGCAGCAGGACCUGUUCCGCUCGUGCUCGCACCCUGGCUCGCCGGACCGGCGCGCCGGCGCCGAGGAGCGGCCGCGCAGCCUCGAGGGCCUGGUGGAACGCGGCCGUGUGGAGCCGGCGCCGGCCAGGCCAGAUGGCUUUAAUUCGGGCGAGCUGGACGAUGAGGACGAAGAGCUGCGGCGGCAGCGGCACUCGGUGCCCUCGCAGACGGCGUACGCGCAGCAGCUGUCGAUCCUGAACCAGCAGCUGCAGCUGGGCGCGCCCGGCGGCUCGGGCAGCUCGCUCUUCUCGACGGCCGUCAUCAGCGGCUCGUCGUCGGCGCCCGAGCUCAAGUCGCUAUUCACCCCCGUCACGGCCAUCGGUAUCGAAGGCUGCGGCGGCGUGCCGUCCAUCCGGCCGCUGGAGACGCUGCACAACGCCAUGUCGCUGCGCCAGGUGAAUGCCUUCAUCGACCGCGUGACCUCGAUGGAGUUCCGCACGCCGACCGAGCCGUCGGCGCCACGCGGUCACCCGCCACCUUUGGCCCUCCACUCGCCCACCCAGAGUCUGAGCAUCAGCGGCCCGUCGUCGUUCGUCUCGUCGCCCGGCUCCAGUACGCCGCUGGACGGCGGGCGCAUCGCCAACGACGGCUGGUAGCGGCGCGCCGUCCACCGGAUCUCCUGAGCAGCCAUACUUCGUGAUAGCGCCGUCGGCCCCUGGAGGGCGCGGCGGCACUUUCGUGUGUGCAAUCCCGCAGGCGUCGAGCGUUGGCGGGACGUGCGAGGCUGGCGGGCGGCACGAACCCGCCGCCGCGCCACGGGCAAUGCCUGGUGAGCCGUGUUAUCUGCGGCAAUCAGUGGUACCUGAUUUAUCAAGUGAUCGGUGCAAUGGGACGCAGUGUUUCGGACGGGAGCAGAGGACAGGACGGCGGUUCUGGGUCGCUGCCGAGCGGCGGCGGCCGGAGCUCGGUGGCCGCAGCGGCCGCGCGCGCAGGCCAGGAUCGGCAGACUGUGUCGACCUGGUGGAGACGUGCCGUCUUACUGGGGACCGCCGGCCGGCCCUGCGCUGCGGCACACCGUGUAUUCUUCUCCAUGGGAUCAAACUGUGCAGCUGUCUUGCCAUUCCGCGGUGUUCGUUCUAUGCUCGUGUUGCGGCAGAUCACGCUGGGACGUGUGUCGCCUGUAAUGUGUACGCCUUCGUUCCGAAGACAGCCGACCCUUGCCCCCGAGUAGUAUUCCCGUGGCCACUGUUUGUUGUAGAACAAAACCACCGCGGCUCAUUGAUUUUGACAGCGACGAUCAGUACACAAUGGUCCAUCCGCCGUUGUGUUCCAUGUCACCCAUCCGUUUCCGUUGCGGCGGUCAGCUCGCUGGCUGGCGGCCGUCGUGACGUGACGUGACGUGACGCGACGUGAUGUGACUUGACGUGAUGUAACGUGACGUGAUGUGACGCGCUUCCUGUGGCCGGGCCGGCCGUCUAACGGGCGGCCGCACUAGUGUCGCUCGUACAGACCGCCCGUCCGGUCGCCUCGACUCAAUACACGCCGUUCCGAGGCGCGGACCGAU